AUGGCAAGUAAUAGUUCAAGUUUCUCUUCAGUGAAUAACGAUAAUGAUCAGACAGAAGAAAAUCCAAGAAAAUAUUUACGCAGAGCGAGUGACACAAAUAUUAGUAGUAGUUACAGAGUGACAACACGGUCUCGUGGACGUGCACUGAAAGGACAGCAACAACUCCAAGAACAACAAGCUGCUCAAACAACCGAAUCAAUGCAAGAAAAUGAUAGUUUGAAAUCUGAACCUAUUUGUUCAGUGACACCUCCACCACCUCUUCCACCUAUUGAUGAAAAGCCUGAACAAUGUGCAGUAUGUCUUGAGGAAUUGAAAGAACAAAAUGUUGGAAUACCAGAAAAUUGUGAACAUUUAUUUUGUCUAAAAUGUAUCCGUGAAUGGUCUAGAAAAAAUAACUCGUGUCCGAUUGAUCGUAAACCAUUCCGUAUGAUAUCAAUAAAAUCGAGCAUUCAUGACGAAAUAUCUGAUACAUUAAAAGUUGAAGAUGUUAGAUUUCGUCGUCUUGAUCAAGAUGAAAUGUUUGAAAUGGUUGAAGUCGAUGAUAUUAUUGAUGUUGCAUGUAGAAUAUGCGGUAGGGAUGACCAAGACAACUUAUUGUUAUUAUGUGAUGAAUGCGGAAAUGGCUACCAUACGUUUUGCGUUAAUUUACCUCAUGUACCAAACGGUGAUUGGUUGUGUCCACUAUGCGAAGUAGAUCGAAUUUCAGCAGAUGACACGGUAACGGAUAGCGAAGAAAUGGAUGAAGAAGAAGAAGAAGAAGACGAACACAAUGAUGAUGGAAAUGGUCGAAGGCUUGGUCUUCAGCAAUUAUUGAAUCGCUUUCUAGCUCAACCAACCCCUCCUCGUCGUUUAACGGCUCGAAUGAGCACAGGAGGUCGUCGAACAGCUCGAGUAGGCACGGGUGGUCGUGUACCAGCUCCACCGCGACCAACGAGAAGACGAAGAGCUCGACGACGUCGAGUUCAGAGACAACGAGUGCCUGUUACUCCCGUUGCUGAACAUCGACGACGUACAAGAAGACAAAGACAAGUCGCUACUAAUGUUACACGAAGAGUACAAAUGGCUAAUACAACUGCAACAGAUGGUUUACCAACUGCAUCUAUAACAAAUAUUCAACCAAAUAUUUCGCUUACAAGAACUUUAGCACCUUUAUCGAUUUUCGGCGGAUAUAUGGAUGUUCCACUUGAAGCUGCGCGUAUUAUUGCUGCUAGUGGUAGACCAAUAGUCGCACGGUCGAAUACAGAACCAUUGACAUCAACUUCUACAACAGUAUCACUACCAAAUACCCAACGUCCAUCAGCUCCCCGUCGUUCUCUUACAACGGCUCGUGUGAGAUCUGGAAAUCGUCAAACACCAAACAGCACAGAAUCAAGAGUAAGACAACGACCACCACCACCGCGAGAACCGAUUGUAACUCAAGAAGUAAUUCGAUCGUUACCACGUAUACAACGUUUACCAGGAAGCCAGCCAAGAACUCGUCCUACGCCAUCCGCAUCAUCAUCACCUUCUUCGAGUAGUCCUACAAGACAAACUAAUCCCAACUUAUUUAUCGAUUCACUAUUGCAAUCUCAACAACGUUUACAUUCACUUCAAGAUGUUUCAUUAAGAGGUGUGGAGUGCAUAUUGAACGGUGCACAAUUUUAUUUUCCAACACCACCAUCAUCUAUGCAUUUAACAGCCAUUCCACCUUCACCAUCCUCAAAUCGUAUCAACACAUUAUCAUCUACAAUAGAUAAACAACAAUGCUAUUUUUCUUUACCACAAACUUUACCGCCAUUAUCGGGUUUUCUUCCAUCUUCUUCAGCACCUCCAGUGAUUCCAUCAAUGUUAUUGAACGAUCGAUUUCAACAACAGCACGCUAAAACGAUGAUGGAACCGUUAAGUAGUGAAAACACUGAAUACGAUCCGUUUGCUGUGGAAGAUGAAGAAGAAUCGAUGGUAGAGAAAGAGAAUGAUUUGAUCUCGAUACCGUUACCACCGGAAAAUGUGAAUAUUCAAGACGAUACAAUAACAACUACACAGAACAUAGAUGAGAAUAAUGAUAGUGGGAUGAAAACAAGUCAAAAUGAUGAUAGAACGACAACCGCAAUAGACCUUGAUAAUAGCUCACUAAACACAAGUACAUCUACGCAACAACAACCUUUAAUUAUUCCAUUUUCAAUUCAAUUGUCCAGUGCAUGUGAUGCUUCUUCGGUACCCUCCUUCUCUUCAUCAAUGGCAAAUGUUUUGAAUAAUAACAGUUUAACGCCAACAACAGUAAGUAAUGAAAAAAGUAAACGUCGAGCACGUCAUGUUUUAGCAUCAAUGAAAGCACUGAGAAAUGCCUCAAGAAUACAACAAAAUUCUGACGCAAAUAUAUUUCAAUUAAAAAUAUCUACUAAUCAACAGAGAAUAUCAGCACACAUAGAAGAAGAAAAUAGAAACGACAAUGAACGACUAAAUUUAUCAUCAUCAGUAAAAGAAGAAGAUGAAAAAUUAGAAGAAAAGAAAAAAGAUGAGCAAAUCCAAAUUAAUUUUAAAUCGAUCCCAAAUCGAAAGAAAUCACGUUCAAGUGAUCGUCAACAUUCUCGUAAUGACAGAAAACGAAGUUGUUCAAGGAAACGGCGUAGAAGAAGAAGUUCAUCUUAUGACAGUAAACAACGGAGGAGUAAAGAUUGUAAGAGACGAUCAACAGAUACAAGGAAAGAUGAUGACUAUAAUAAUGACAAGAAAAAAUCACUGUCAAGACGCUCUCGUAGUCGAACAUCGUCUAAUCGUCGCUAUCGUUCAUCAUCGCACCGAAAACGCCUUCGAGCAAAUUCAUCUGAACACAAGAAACGUGAAAAAUCAUCUAGUCCAUAUAAGAAAGUAUCUGCGCCACUACCGCAACUGACAAAUUUAUCAGUAAGUUCAGAUUUCAAUAAUAAAAAAUCUGAAAUUGACACGAUAACAAUCGAUUCGCCAAAAAGAUCUGAAAAAUCUGAGGACAAUACUGAUUCUUCAUCCACUGUAAAAAAAUCGAAAGUAUCGCAUAAAACGUCAAGACAUCGACUGCGAACGAGAUCACGUUCAGCAUCUAAAAAACGAUCAACAGACAGUAAGGGAGAUAAAGAAAAGCUUGAUAAGAAAUUAAAAAAACAUGAAAGUAUUGAACGACCAGAAAAACAACGUCAUGGAACAAUGACAAACCACGACCGAUCAUCGAAAAAGCCAUCAUCACCAUUCCACCGUGAGCAUUAUCAAUCAUCCUCAUCUUCACAUCGAACUUCAGCAUCUUAUCAUUCGAGAACAUCUCCAAGAGCUCAACCGCCUCAUCAUCAUUUGCCACCUCUACCUCGUACAUAUCCUCCAGUAUCACUUCCACCUCCAACUGUUCAUAUUCUACCAUCAUCUCAACAUUACUCCACGCAACAACAACAGUCUUCAUCUUCCAACUAUCAUCAUAAACAAUCGAAUUUUUCCAGUCCACCAAAAACUAUUCUUUAUACUCAACAGCAAUCACACGACAAUUCUGCACAAUUUAACACACCAAGAACCGCACCAAAAGUACUACCGCAAAAAGACAUUGUUCCUGUUCCUCUUGUAACAGUUUCUACACCAGUCACAUCAGAACAACAACAACAACAACAGGAACAGCAUAGUGAAGAAUCAACAACCUCGGUGACACCAAAAAAUAAUGAAACAUCAGUUGAAGAUCGUGUUCGAAUUUUUAACCGUUUAAAAAAUAUGAGUGAAGGUGGAAAUAAUCAGCAACAGUUACAACAACCAAAACAAACCCUACCAUCAUUUAUUUCAAAUUUAAAUAACUUACCUUCAUCAAAUACGAAUGGUAGACAAAGAAGUAAUCUAAUACAAAUAGUUACAACUGACGCAUCAUCAUCAAACGCAGAAGCAGUAUCAAAUACUAAAGAGUCAUCGCAACUUUCAUUGAGUCCUCCGCGUCCAUCAGUCACAAUAUUCGAAGUCGAUCAACAACAAAUAACAACUUUGUUACUCCCAAAACCAGUCCAACAACAAGUUAAAUCAGUUGAAAGAGAUAAAAAAUUAGAUAACGAGAAAAUGACAUUUGCUGCUGAUGAUAUUCUAAUGGAAGAAAUGUUACGUGAAGAAGAAGAACAAAAUAAAGUUAAAAUUGAUUUGGACAGUCUAAUUAUACCGGAUAGCAAUACGAAUACUACAAGUAUAUCUACUGUUGUUAAAAAUGACAAACAAGAACAACGAUUUCAGCUAACAACAUCAAUAACGCCAGUUAAAAAUAAACCUUAUACAUUGUACAAAGUACCAGUAACAAACCAUAUCACACCGCAUCUAUCGAAACAUCAUAAAAAACUGAAAGAUGAUGAUAAAAAACGAAAUGAGACGGUGAAUAUAGACAUUAAUACUCAAUCUGAUACAUCAGCGCCACUAAAAGAUGCUAAUUUAUCAAAAUCUCAUCAACAAAUCCGACGAAGUCCUCGUCAUACAUCAUUGGAUGAACGUAUCUCAAACAUAUUAUUGGGCGGUAAUAGUUCGAAACCUGCAUCUCCACUCAUCACAACGAUCAAUAAUAAGGGUUUAACAAGUGAGAAUAUAGAAGGUAAUAUAACAGAAAAAUCUCAUCAUACGACACCAUCGGAUAAAAGUGCAAGUCCGCAAGAUAUUCAUCAAUUAGUUUCAACAAUAUUUACUCCACAUCAGCAGAAAAUAAAAUCAUUGUCAACAAGUAAUUCAGCAUUAUCCGAUCAACAAUGCCAACCAAUAAAAAACCAGACAAAUGAAACAAAACAGUACACGUCCCUAUGGAUCACCACUCAACAACAACAACAACAACAACAACAACAACAACAACAACAACAAGAUGACGAAAUACUUCCUGUUAUCACCGUAUUGCCAUUACCAACACUGUUACCACAAAUGACAAAUAGAAGUUCAUUAGAAACAACAACAUCUACAAGCACACCAUUAUCCAAAGAGAAUGGUAUUAGUAUGAUUGGAAAACUAUCGCAGGCAAUGACAAAAUUAUUAUUUCAAGCCGGAGAAAAUGCUCCAUACAAUCCCGUUCACCAUGAGACAACAGCUUUUUUCGAUGAUACAUCAGAUAAUGUACCAUCGUCAGCUAAACAUCUGGAGAGAAUUGAACGAAGAAAACAAAAAGAACGACGUCAAACAGAAAUAGCUUCUAUGGCAAAAGAAGCAUUGAAACCAGCAUUUCGAAAACAAGAAAUAACCAAAGAUGAAUAUAAAGAAAUUAUGAAGAAAGUUGUUACAAAAGCAACAAAUGCCGAUUUUGAAGUUGAUUCUGUUCGUAUUACAAAAAUGAUUGACGCCUGCGUUCAAAAAUAUCGUAACCAUUUGAAAUCAAAUAGUAGCGCUGCUACUGGCAAUGGGUGA